UUUAACGUUUAUUUAGGGAAAGAAGAUUUCAAUAAAAAUUUUAAAUUAGGCGCUUCAAAGUGGGGGCGUUUCUUAUGAACUAGCAGAAAAAUCAUUCUGUUCAAGUCGCAACACAUGUUUGAUCAAAAUAGCCUUAAAGCUAACGGUGUGUUCGAACGCGCGUGCACGUGCAACUUUUUAUGUCAGUUUCAAUCGAUACCCUAUGAAUAACAAUAAAUAAUAACAGUUUUUAUUUCUCAUCAUGGCUCUUGUAAAAGUGAAAUCGAACAAAAGAAAAAAUGAUAAUGAUAACGAAGUGUCUUUUACAAAGAAGAAAAAAAUAGAAGAACUCAGUCAACUCAGAGAACAAAUUUCUUUAGAAAAUGUGUUUCAUUCUAAUUUAAUUAGACUGCAAGUUGAAGAAACUCUCAAAAAUGUGGAAAUAAAACAAAAGUAUAAAAAACUGUUCAAAUUAUGGCUUCAAAAAUUUACUGAGCAAGUAAACGCUAUAGACGAUGAUGUCGAGUAUGAGUUGAACGAUAAUACAUUGUGUGAUAAUGUACAAGUGCCUAUGGAUGUGUUAAAAAAUUAUUGUCCAGGUGUCAUGAAGUUCAUAAAACCUACUAGAAUAGUAGUUGGAGGUUCUUUUUCAACAGAAACUCUACUAAAUGUAGAACCUUCGAUUGACAUAUUUGUAGAAAUGCCAGAAAGCCUUUUCGAAGGAGUUGAUGGUAAAAAUUACAGAUAUAUGAGGAAAAAAGCUAUAUAUCUAGCAUGUAUAGCAGCCAAUUUAGAUGAAGAAGUAGCAGAACGCAAAUGUUUUGCUGGUGACAAUUCAAAUCAAACGUUAAAAAUUGUUCCCAAUGGAAAAUUAGGCAAAUUUAUUAUUUAUGUGCAUGCUGUUGUGCAAGAAACUGCAUUUUUGAUUAAUAAAUUUACACCUGAUAAGAACAACGUCAAACCAGCUUGGUUUUUUAAUGACGCUGCAAAAAAGAAAGAUAAAAAUCCACCUACGCCUCAUUACAAUAAUAUCAUAAUGAGAGAUAUUGUGUCGAUAAAAAAUAAUGAGUACAUUUUGGAAUGUAUUAAUUCUAAUCAACAGAAUGUUAGAGAUGCUAUAAAACUAAUAAAAAUUUGGUUAAGGCAACGAAAUCUUCACUUGGAAGGCAUGGGUCAUGUUAUGACAUUAUUGACAGUACACCUGCUAUCAACCAAAAAAAUAAAUGCUUAUAUGAGCAGUUAUCAGAUUCUGAGAAAUAUUUUUUUACAUCUAAUCAAACCCAAUUGGGAUGAAUUUAGCAUAUGUUCAGAUAAUGAAGCAAUGAAUCGAAUUUCUGAUUAUAAAAAGUACAGUGAAUGUGUCAUCCUUGAUGUAACUGGAUAUCAAAAUAUUGCUGCUAAUUUAUCAAAAGCUACUAUUGCUAGAAUUUCAAAAGAAGCAGCUACGAGUAUAGAAAUAUUAAAUAAAAGCAGAGUGAACAGUUUUCAACUUCUGUUCAUGUCAAAAAUACCUUUCUUUUGGACUUUUGAUAUGAUAUUAUGCAUAAAUGAUAUAAAAGCCUUGGAAAACGCUGUUGACCGCUUUUGUAGUGAAGAAGAUAAAUUAAAUUUUGGUAAUAAUCUCUACGUCCUGGCAAACAAACUUACCAAAAAAUUGUUAUGUGAAGGUUUGGGUAAAAGAAUUUCAUUUGUUAUAUCUAUGCCACGAAAAAUUAAAGAGUGGAAUUUAAAUGAAAAAAUUCCUACUGAUAUGGAACCUAUUCAUUUGGGAUUCAAAUUUGACCCUGAAUAUUGCUUUGAAACUAUUGAUAAAGGCCCAGAGGUUGACAGUUUUGAGGCCAUAGCUUUCCGAAAUUUUUGGGGUGCUAAAACUGAAUGCCACAGGCUGGACGGAAAAAUACAUGAAGCAAUUAUUUGGGCUAAAAGAAGUGCCACCCCAGCACAAAAGCGUUCAGUGUGCAAAAAAAUAGCGCAUCACUUGCUGCAAAAAAAACUGCAACUUCUUGAUAGGGUUCAUUACAAGUUCUACUUUAAUCAAUUGGAAACUUAUUUGAAACCAAGAAUGGUUCAAGUAAAAGAAUAUUUAUAUAGUCAGGAAGGAGCUUGUUUUCGAGCAAUAAAUGUUUUUUCAAAUAUUGAAACCAAGCUCAGAAGUUUAAAAGAAACUGAUUUACCUUUGACAAUAAGUGGAGUUCAAGGUUGCAGUGCUGUAUUCCGCUUCACUGAAGCAUUCCCGCCGGUUUCAAGUUAUUCCAAGGCAGAUGGCAAAAAUGUUUUAGAUGGAAAAACACAUCAAGAGUUGAGUAAAGGUCUUGAAGUAGUUCCUCAUUAUAAAUCAAUUUUAGAAGCAACAGUAAAACUAUCAAUAAGCGGUAAAUGGCCUGAAGAUCUUAAAGCUUUUCGAAUGACGAAAGCAGCUUUUAAUUUGCAAAUAGCUGAAUGUUUGAGAGAGCAGCACCAACUGAAAGCUUUUGGAAAUUUUGAAUAUUUCGAUGUGAUGCAGGAUGGUUUUAUUUUCCGAUUUAGGAUUUCUAACGACAAAGAAAUAGGUCUAGUUAAAGAAAUUGACGAAAAUGGUGUCAAAACUUACGUUGAAAAUGAAGAGUCCAGAGAACUAGAGAGAAAUCUGGUUCACUUACCGAGUUUAACUGGUGCUCUCUUUGGUUUGCAUAGUCGGUACCCAUCGUUUGGACCUGCUUGUUGUUUAGCCAAACGCUGGCUUUCAGCUCAUAUGAUCGAUUCAUUCCUAUUUCCACACAUCGCAAUUGAGCUACUUAUGGCUUCCUUUUACAUCGCUCCAGAGCCAUAUGAACGCGCUCAAACUCCGCAAGUUGGUUUUCUACGAUUGCUCGAGUACUUUUCACGAGAAAACUGGACAACGGACCCAGUUUUGGUGAAUUUUAACGAUAAACUGACACACGACGAGAUUCUUGAAAUGGAAAACGAUUUUGGAACAUCGCGUGAAAACUUACCGGCGCUGUUCAUCGCCACUCCCUAUGAUUUCAAAAAAAGCAUGUGGACAAGCGAGGCUCCUCAACCGAUGAUAUUACAUCGUGUCAGUGCUUUAGCACGAAACUUUUUACAAUCGGUUGAAGCCCAGAUGGUCGCAGGUCAAGAUUUAGAACGAGACGAACUAUUCAGUCCAUCCCUUUCUGAUUAUGAUCUUGUGAUCGAGCUUAAGCAAACGGUGAUAGCCAGACGGUUGCAGGCAGUUCAAAACCAGGAAGAAGUUACUAUCGAACCAUAUCAAGAGGACGAACUUAACAAAGUACCCAUAGUAGAUUUUGAUCCAGUAGCGCAGUACCUUGCAGAUUUAAGAUUCGAAUAUGAUGAAUACGCUCUAUUCUUCCACGAUACCUUUGGUGGAAAAUUCAUCGGAGUACUCAUGAAACCACAAAAAACAAAAAUUCAAAAACUCACAUUAGACAAUGCAGCGAGCCAUUUUUAUACUAUUGGAAAAGGACUAGUAGAAACUAUAAAUGUAAAUCAAAAUGUUUAG